UUAGGAGCACUUUGUUAGAGCACUCCGUAUAUUACACGUUAUCAUGAAGUUUCUUAUAGUAGUAUGUGCUUUAGCGAUCACAUGGAUUUAUACCGAAGGCAUGCGAUUCACCGACGAUGAAUUACGACCACACGAGGGAGUGGCGAUAGGAUGCGCAGGGAGACGUAUGCAAUUAAAUCAUCAGAUGAAAGAGGUAAUGUGCGUGCCAAGGCACACUUUAGUAAAAUUAAUACCGCAAUCGGGUUAUACUUUUUAUCCAAAUUAUGCGUCGGUGAAAAGAUGCAGCGGUUUCUGUCCGAGGAAUAAAUCAUGCAUGCCAGUUCGCAAAAAUGUUAGAAAGAUCGCCGUGAGAAUGGAUGGUUAUAACUCAAGCGAGUGUUAUCAUGUGUUGCUCGAGGAGCACACCAAAUGCAAAUGUCAAUGUAGCGUGACAGAAAAUCAUUGUAACAUUCAUCAGGUAUAUUCAGAAAAUAACUGCGCGUGCGAAUGCAAGAAUAAAAGAAAGUGUGAUAAAGAGAGACAGAUGGUCUGGAAUGAAAAAUUGUGCAAAUGCACUUGCAACAAGGAAGAGGAAAUCUGCACUAGUGGACUCGAAUGGGUACCUUCUCGUUGCGGAUGCGCCCAAGUAAUGGAGAUGUAUCAGUUAGACAAAUCUAAUAUUGGUUAUAUUAGAAAUUUAUAGGAAAAUAACACACACAAU